UUUCCCAGCGUGCAUUGCACCUUCUGCAGCCGCCAUAUUGCCUUCACCUAAACGCGCUAGCUAGAACGGCUCCUUCUCCCAAUUAAAAAUUGUUGCAGUGAUGACUCAGACGGUUCAGACCAAUGGGGUUCAGCCGCUCAGUAAGACCUGGGAGCUGAGUCUGUACGAGCUGCAGAGAACACCACAGGAGGCGAUCACAGAUGGACUGGAGAUCGCCGUGUCUCCCAGGUCUCUGCACAGCGAACUCAUGUGUCCGAUCUGUCUAGACAUGUUGAAGAACACAAUGACCACCAAAGAAUGUCUGCACCGCUUCUGCGCUGAUUGUAUCAUCACAGCUUUGAGAUCCGGAAAUAAAGAGUGUCCCACCUGUCGUAAGAAGCUGGUGUCCAAGAGGUCACUGCGUCCAGACCCAAACUUUGAUGCUCUGAUCAGCAAAAUUUACCCGAGCCGCGACGAGUACGAAGCCCAUCAGGAGAGAGUGUUGGCGCGUAUCAGCAAACACAACAACCAGCAGGCCCUGUCCCACAGCAUAGAGGAGGGGCUGAAGAUCCAGGCCAUGACCAGACUGCAGCGCGGUAAGAGACACACGGUGGAGAAUGGCAGCGGAGCAGAGGACAACGGAGACUCCUCCCACUGUAGCAACGCCUCAGUCCACAGCAACCAGGAAGCGGGUCCGAGCAUUAAGCGCACCAAGACGAGCGAUGACAGCGGCCUGGACAUGGACAACGCUGCUGAGAACGGGGGCGGGGACUCUGUCAUCGAUGGCGGUGCCAGCGAGAUAGAGUUAGUGUUCAGGCCACAUCCAACGCUGAUGGAGAAGGACGACGGUCACAACAGUGUGGAGUUUGUUCCUCGGUACAUCAAGACAUCAGGUAACGCCACAGUGGAUCACCUGUCAAAAUACCUGGCUGUGAGACUGGCUCUGGAAGAACUGAGGAGAAAUGCAGAGGCCAGUCCUGUCAAUGUGGAGGCGGCUUCAGAGAAACAGUACACCAUCUACAUACCUACUGCUGGAAACCAGUUCACUGUUCUGAACGGUUCCUUCUCCCUGGAGCUGGUCAGCGAGAAGUAUUGGAAGGUCAACAAACCCAUGGAGCUCUAUUUUGCUCCCACUAAAGAACACAAGUAGACCUAUACAAACAAAUACACACACACACACACACACACACCCACACACACACACACAUGCACACACAUUAACAGGAAGUACACACAUGGACUCGGUUACAGCUGCACACACAAACAGAGGACAGGAGUGUGUGUGCGUCUGUCUGUGUGUGUGUGUGUGAGUGAGAAGGAGUGGAGAGGUCGCUGAGACCCUCCAAAAGACUCUUGUAAAAAGAAAACGGUUGUUUUAUAUUCUCUGUAUCUUUCUGUGUCUCUUUCUAUCUUUUUUCUCAGUAGAAGGUAGCAGAUCAGUACAGCAGCUCGCUCACACUCACCACCAGCUGCUACCGCUCGCUCCAUUCACAGUCUGACCUCUACAAGUAAAAAAAAACCAAAAAAAACAAGUGUUUCACUAUUUGUCUGCAGCGAUUGCCCCUCUAUACACGGGGAGAGAAAAGGUUCAAAUCUUUGUGACCUGCUCUAAGACACGUCUGACUUGAAUCACGAUGAUGAAGUGGACGAUGUUUAUGUCUGCUGUGCUUCUCAUGAGGGUGACACGUAUGGAAGCCCAGAAAGGCCAUGCUGAUUUAACAGCUAGUUAAACAACAACAGAAUAUUCAUUAAAACAUCAUUAAUCUUUGUUUAGUAUGACCUACACUAGCUCAGGGAAGUUGUUUAUUUACGGCUCUAAGCCAUGAAAUGAUAUCUGUAUCACCCCGCUCUUAUUCUUUGGUUUUAAGUCACUGAUCCGACCUGCUUUGUUCACGCGAUGUAAAGAUGGAGAAUCUGAGUGAUAGACUCUUUAAGGCUUUAAGGCCAAUAAACAUUCAUAUUUAUGUAAAAGUCUAAAGGCAACGAGUUAAAAGUGAAGCUUCAGAAUGAAACAGGAAUAGAUGAAACGUCUUUUCACCUUAAAGCCAUUUAUCCUUAUGGAAUCAACAUUUGUUAUUCAUUAUUAACGACAUUGGUCUUUAUGGUGAUCAGUUUAUUAGGCCAACGUGUCCACAUGCCGUUUUUUUUUUUCCGGGGGCAGAAAAGUGCUGGCUGUGCAUGUGGAAGCGCUUGCAUGAAGCGUUUAGUGCGCUGAGAAAAAAAGCGCUGCAUGUUCGUCGUGUCGCCAUGACAACAAUCUGCUGCUGCAAACGCUCUCUGCUCUUUGAAAACCCCCCCAAAAAACGACAGGUGGACACGACGGAAAAGCUUUAGGAGUUAAACAACGUAAAAAUCUUUAUCUGGAUAUUUUUUAAGUGAGAUAUUAAAAUGAUUUCAGACACUCUCAUUGAGGCUCACAAUUUGGCUGCUUCAUUUUCGGUUUCCAUGGCUCCAGCAGGACAGUUUGUGCUGCGUGUCAUCACACUGGGAACACACGCUCACACGGAGAUCGAAGCAGACAAAUAGUUGUUUUUCUUUUCCAAAUGUUGAAGUGUUUCCUAAGCUUCGGUUCUGUUUUGACCUCUGUGUAGUCUUUCCAAUAAAACUCAGAACAGUGACGGUGUGGACGCUGCAGUCUGUUAAACUCAGUGAAUGAAUCUGUGUUAAAGCAACAGAACGACCCCUGAGCUGCACCAGCAUCAGCCCGGAUCACACGGUCCAGGUUUAGGGCAGCAGACUGAGCUGUUGUGUUGAUCUGUCGCCUGUAGGAACAAACUGUCCUCUGAUAUGUGUGGCUGCUCGUCCUUUUAUAAAUGUCUUUUGUAACACAGAGGGGAAGGAAUGUGUGAGGGGAGCCCUUUUUUUUGCAGUAUCAGAGUUAAAUUGUUUAAAGUUCUCCACAAACCUGCUUCCUGGUUAAGGUUCCUGUCACAGAAAUAUUCUCUCAUUGAUGUAAAGACCUGAGACCCAAAUGUCUCCAUGUGAAACACACGCAUGGACAGAUCUCUGUACAAUUUGAUGACUUUGUUUCAGUCUCCAUGUAGCUGAUUGAGGGGUCUGGAAGUGUUUGUACCAUAACUGUGAUAGUUGUGUUUUACUGCCUUAUCUUUUUUUUCUUCUUGCAUCUGAUUCGGUACUGAUGUGUCCACGAGAACCCCAGCUGGACAAAUAUCCAUUAAACAGGUGUAUGUUUCAACAGGA